CAAAACUGCUCAUGCCACUCCACUCCACGGAAAUAGCAAUCUGAACAGAAUAAAAUAGUGGAAUUUUCAAUCUUUGAUUUCGUAAAGUUUUUGGAGGUCUAGGUCUUCACACUUUCAGAGUUUAUACUGCCGGGUUCUUUGUUGAAAUUUUUUAUUGACAGCCAUGAAUGAAGACCAACGCUUACUCUUCCUCAGCUCCUCUUCUCACUUCCCACCUCCACAAGGAGUGAAGCUAUCGUAUGGAACGUCUGGGUUCAGAGCGGAUGCAUCCAUCCUCCAAUCGACGGUUUACAGGGUGGGAAUUCUAGCGGCUCUAAGGGCCCUCAAGACCCAAUCUGUGAUCGGGCUGAUGAUCACAGCCUCUCACAACGAGGUCUCUGAUAAUGGAGUCAAAGUUGCUGACCCGAGUGGUGGAAUGCUUUCUCAAGAUUGGGAACCCUUCGCUGAUACCCUCGCCAAUGCUCGUGAUCCCCAACAUCUUGUUGAGUUGAUAGCUGAAUUUGUUAAAAAAGAAAACAUCACACUUGAUGGCGCAAAACCAGUGGAGAUUUUGCUGGCAAGAGAUACAAGGCCCAGCGGAGAAUUUUUGCUUGAAGCUGCUAAACAGGGAAUCGGUUCGAUUAUUGGAGCAGUUGCCCUUGACAUGGGAAUUUUAACUACUCCACAGCUACAUUGGAUGGUUCGUGCUAGAAAUGGGGGUGUGAAAGCAUCGGAAACUGAUUACUUCAAGCGGCUUUCAAGCUCGUUCAGGUGCUUGGUAGAUUUGAGUCCUAGUGGAACUCACGCCAACAAUGUGGAUGACAAGUUGGUUGUGGAUGGGGCAAAUGGUGUUGGUGGAGAAAAACUUGAAAUAUUGAAGACAAUGUUGAAUGGUUUGGCUAUUGAGGUUCGGAACUCUGGAAAAGAAGGAGGUGUACUCAAUGAAGGAGUUGGUGCUGAUUAUGUGCAGAAGGAAAAGGUUGUUCCCUUUAGUUUUGGUUCACAGGAUGUUGGGAUAAGGUGUGCUAGUUUGGAUGGUGAUGCUGAUCGGCUUGUAUAUUUUGUUGUGCCAUCUACAAGUAGUAACAAGAUUGAACUUGUUGAUGGGGACAAGAUUUUGUCUUUGUUUGCUAUAUUCAUCAAGGAGCAACUAAGCAUUUUGAAUAAGGAAAUAGAUGUUAAGGCAGAAAAUGGUUAUCAAUGUCGCCUUGGUAUUGUGCAAACAGCUUAUGCAAAUGGAGCAUCCACCGAUUAUCUCAAACAGUUAGGGUUAGAAGUCACAUUUACUCCUACAGGGGUAAAAUACCUGCACGAGAAAGCUGCGGAGUAUGAUAUCGGGAUUUACUUUGAGGCAAAUGGCCAUGGCACCAUCUUGUUCUCAGAACAGUUUUUAUGCUGGUUAAAGGCCAGAACCACUGAGCUUUCUGAUGUAGCUAAAGGUUCAGAACAGCAUAAGGCUGCCUUGAGACUAUUGGCGGUUAGUGAAUUGAUUAACCAGGCUAUUGGGGAUGCAUUGAGUGGGGUGCUCUUGGUGGAGGCAAUUCUGAAAUAUAUGGGAUGGUCAAUACAGAGAUGGAAUGAGCUUUAUCAGGAUCUACCCAGUAGGCAGCUCAAGGUCAAAGUUGUGGACCGAAGUGCUGUUGUUACAGCAAAUGCAGAAACCGUGGCUGUGACACCCCCUGGCAUUCAAGAAGCCAUCAACGCUGAAGCUGCUGAACACCCUAGAGGCCGAUGUUUUAUACGACCAUCGGGAACAGAAGAUGUUAUACGUGUAUAUGCGGAGGCAUCCUCACAGGAUGCAGCAGAUAACCUAGCCCAGUCUGUGGCAAAACUAGUAGACCAGUUCCUUGGGUUUGGCAGCUCCUAAUGAUAUCUCCAACUUUCACGGAGCGCUUCUUAGACAUCAGAUUAGGCUUAAUGCCGAAUGAAUAUUAUUGGGGGGAGGGAAAACAUUGAAUUUGUCUUGUAACCUUACAUUCUAUUAUACAUUGGUUUUGAUAAUGGAUUAUCAAAAUAGACACUAGUUUUUGGUCAC